ACAACUCUUCUUCUUCGCACGUGCCGCCGUCUCCUAUCCGCCCUUUCAAAUACAAGGCCACCCGAGUUGAAACUCCCACAAUCAAAUCUCUCUCUCUCUCUCUCUCUCUCUUUGUUGUGCUUCGUCUCCGUCCUACUCUAGUUCUCUCUGCGAACAAGCAAACAAACAAUGGCGGAGGCAAGCGCAGCGGUGGCACCGACGCCCCUUCUCAAGGAUGAGCUCGACAUCGUGAUCCCGACGAUCAGGAACCUUGACUUUCUUGAGAUGUGGAGGCCUUUCUUCCAGCCGUACCACCUUAUCAUUGUCCAGGAUGGUGACCCGUCCAAGAUCAUCAAGGUUCCGGAGGGGUUUGACUACGAGCUCUACAACCGAAACGACAUCAACAAGAUACUGGGUCCUAAGGCGUCCUGUAUUUCAUUCAAGGAUUCCGCUUGCAGGUGCUUUGGCUACAUGGUCUCCAAGAAGAAGUACAUCUACACCAUUGAUGAUGAUUGCUUUGUUGCCAAGGACCCAACUGGCAAGGACAUCAAUGCCCUUCAACAGCACAUAAAAAACCUUCUGAGUCCAUCCACUCCAUUUUUCUUCAACACCCUAUAUGACCCAUACCGCGAGGGAACAGAUUUUGUUCGUGGCUACCCAUUCAGUCUCCGUGAAGGUGUACCUACAGCUGUUUCCCAUGGUCUCUGGCUUAACAUCCCUGAUUAUGAUGCCCCUACCCAGCUUGUGAAGCCUCUCGAGAGAAACACCAGGUAUGUUGAUGCUGUAAUGACAAUUCCAAAAGGUACCCUAUUUCCCAUGUGUGGAAUGAAUCUGGCAUUCAACCGUGAGCUUAUUGGCCCUGCAAUGUACUUUGGACUCAUGGGUGAUGGUCAACCUAUUGGACGUUAUGAUGAUAUGUGGGCUGGUUGGUGCACUAAGGUUGUAUGUGACCAUUUGGGAUUGGGAGUGAAGACUGGAUUGCCAUACAUCUGGCACAGCAAAGCCAGCAAUCCUUUCGUUAAUCUUAGGAAAGAAUACAAAGGAAUCUACUGGCAGGAGGAGCUUAUCCCGUUCUUCCAACAAGUCAGCUUACCGAAAGACUGCACCACUGUUCAAAAAUGCUACCUCGAACUCUCCAAGCAAGUCAAGGCAAAGCUUGGCAAGGUUGAUGAAUACUUCAACAAACUAGCUGAUGCCAUGGUCACCUGGAUUGAGGCAUGGGAUGAGCUUAACCCGUCCGGAGACAAGCCUGCUGAGUUAGCCAAAGGUGCUGCUGCGAAGUAGAAAAGCGUUAAGACAGUUUUAGAUUUUUGUGUCAUGAGCAGAUCAGAACAUCCCCCCUUUCGUUCGAGCUCAUGCUAAACCCGGAUUAUUUAUUCUAUGAGGUUGGAUCCGAAUAUUUUCAUUUGUAUUUAUUUCUGUUGUCUGGAUUAUGAGCACAGAACAAUAAGGAAUUUUUAUUGGCUCUCUACUUAUAUUAGAUUUGAGAUUAACUUAUUUAAUUCGACAUCAAUUUGGAUUUAUUGA